UUCCCUAAGUUCCCUUCCCUUCCCCUCCCUCGUUGAGACUGAGAGCCGCCGCCGCACCCCCCCUCCCUCGCUGAGACUGAGAGCCGCCGCCGCCCCCCUACCUCGCCCCCCCUCCCUCGCUGAGAGCCGCCGCCGCCGCCCCCGCCCCCCCUUUUCCCUCGCUGAGAGCCUGAUAGCCGCCUCCUCUCGGUGUCGUCGCCUCUUCAACGACCGGCCGGCGGCUCUUCGCGUCCUUCUCCCCCGGACGGCAACCUCUGCGGCUCCGGUCACCGACUCACAGUCACCGGGGAUUUUUCGAUCAGGCAUUACUCUAUCAGAAGGCAUGGCGACUAGAAAUAUUGAUACCAGUAAUGCAAGGAAGAAGGAAGUGAAGAAAGAAACUCGUCUAGGUUUGACCUAUAAGAAAGAUAAGGAUUUUGGAGAAUGGUAUUCUGAGGUUUGUGUUGCUGGCGAAAUGAUUGAAUACUAUGACAUUUCUGGCUGCUAUAUCUUAAGGCCAUGGACGAUGGCAAUCUGGGAAAUGUUACAAGCAUUUUUUGAUCCAGAAAUAAAGAAGAUGAAUAUCAAGAAUGCGUAUUUCCCUCUUUUUGUAACUGAGAAUGUUUUACAAAAGGAGAAAGAUCAUAUAGAAGGUUUUGCUCCUGAGGUUGCUUGGGUUACUAAAUCUGGACAGUCUGAAAUGGAAAUUCCUGUUGCAAUCCGUCCUACAAGCGAGACUGUUAUGUAUGCAUAUUACUCUAAAUGGAUAAGGGGGCAUCGUGACUUACCAUUGAAGCUUAACCAGUGGUGCAAUGUCGUGAGAUGGGAAUUCAGCCAUCCUACUCCUUUUAUCAGGAGUCGAGAGUUUCUUUGGCAAGAAGGGCAUACAGCUUUUGCGACAAAAGAUGAAGCUGAUCAAGAGGUUCUUGAAAUUUUGGAAUUAUAUCGAAGGAUAUAUGAAGAAUUGCUUGCAAUUCCAGUUAUCAAGGGAAAGAAAAGUGAGCUAGAAAAAUUUGCUGGCGGUUUAUAUACUACAAGUGUUGAGGCUUUUGUUCCAAAUACAGGUCGUGGGAUACAAGGUGCCACCUCACAUUGUCUUGGUCAAAAUUUUGCAAAGAUGUUCCAGAUAAAUUUUGAGAAUGAGAAAGGUGAAAAGGCUAUGGUCUGGCAGAAUUCUUGGGCAUACAGCACGCGCACGAUAGGGGUGAUGGUGAUGGUUCAUGGAGAUGACAAAGGCUUGGUUCUGCCACCUAAAGUAGCAGCGGUCCAAGUUAUUGUGAUUCCUGUACCAUAUAAGGAUGCUGAUGCACAGGCCAUCUUUGAUGCCUGCACAUCGACAGUUGAUACACUAUGUAAAGCAGGUUUCAGAGCUGAGGUGGACUUAAGAGAUAAUUAUUCACCUGGUUGGAAGUACUCUCACUGGGAAAUGAAAGGUGUUCCAUUGAGACUCGAAAUUGGGCCAAAGGAUUUAGCAAAUAAUCAGGUAGAUAAGGAGCUGAUUAUUUUUUUGGUACAUAGUUAGUUUUCUUUGGUAGCA